AUUCCUUUUCGAGAUUCUGAUAUAUUAUCAUUUAUCAAAGCCCACUAUUUUUUUUUGAUUAAGUAAGCGCAGUUGUGGGGCCGUGCUUUUUUAGAAAACCAUGCUGAUGUGCUUCUGGACUCUAAUGUGAAAAACGGAAGCAGGAAGUCUUUAACUGAGAAAGGAGAGGUAUUGACCGGUAUAAUUCUUCCCCGAUGGCUGGUUUCGAAGACUUGAGUAGCGAGACCUCUCUUUCCUCAAACUUGUUUAAACUAUAAUUGAUAUACAUAAUGCGUACAUUUAUGCACCCUGUCCAACGAAUAAUUUAUGCUUUUGGGCAUCGUACUUUCUCUCACUUACUACCGAAAAAACAUUUGGCCUGUUCCGUCAUGUCUACUCCGUCCGAUGCGCGAAAUAUGUCUUCAUUCGUUAUAGCUACUGAAUCAUCCGAUAAAGGUAUGAUAAUCCUUAAUCGACCAAAAGCAUUGAAUGCGCUUAAUUUGGAAAUGGUGAGAAAAGUCUACAAACAUUUGAAGAAAUGCGAAUUAUCCAAAUCAAUGGUAAUUAUUAAAGGAGCUGGAGAGAAAGCUUUUUGUGCUGGUGGUGACGUGCGUGCAAUUGUCGAGGCAGGUCCUACUGAAGAUUCAAAGGCAUUCUUUCGGGAAGAAUAUACCUUAAAUGCCCUGAUCGGCAAUUACAUUAUACCUUAUGUUGCUAUUAUCGAUGGUAUUACAAUGGGUGGAGGAGUAGGACUCUCUGUACAUGGGAAAUAUCGUGUGGCAACAGAGCGCACACUAUUCGCAAUGCCAGAAACGGCUAUUGGCCUCUUUCCAGAUGUAGGCGGCUCAUAUUUUCUGCCACGAUUACAAGGGAAACUGGGACUAUUUCUGGGAUUAACAGGAUUUCGUUUAAAAGGGGAGGAUUUAUUAAAAGCAGGAAUAGCAACACAUUACUGUGAGAGCGCGAAAUUGGAGGAUCUUCAAAAUGAUCUACUUAAUUGUAAGGAUGCGGAUACGGUUCAAGAAAUUCUGGAGAAAUAUAACACACCCACGAAAAAGGAAUUUGUACUAAAUGAGGUUAUGGAUAAAAUAAAUACAUGCUUUACAGCCGACUCUGUCGAGGAAAUCUUUGAAAAUUUGAAGAAAGAUGGAAGCGAUUGGGCUAAUAAAACUCUGGAGACGCUUAACAAAGUUUCACCAUUAUCGCUAAAAGUAACAUUUCGACAGCUUAACUUGGGUUCACAGUUGUUACUGCCGCAGUGCUUGAAAAUGGAAUAUCGUAUGGUUGUUCGCCAUUUGGAAGAUAGUGACUUUAAAGAGGGUGUACGAGCUUUACUUAUCGACAAAGAUCAGAAACCUAAAUGGAAUCCUCCCACCUUGGAAUCGGUUACUCAAGAACGUGUUGACUCGUUCUUCCAAAAACUUCCUGACACAGAGGAAUUGAAGGUAUAACAUCGCCUAUUACAAUUUGUAACAAUAAACUAGCGUUUUAUAUUCGUAAAAUAUAAAAAAAUUGAAAAUAACUAAUUAUACUUAAUAUUUGAGAACAACAGUUGUAUUCUCUUGGAACCAACCUACAAAGAACAUUAUAUUUAUAAAUAAGGGAUUCGAGUUUUGCAUAUUAAACAUUAUUCUACUUGAUAAUAUUAAAACUGCUUUAAAAUGAAUUAAAAUGAAUAAAUUAAAAUAUUAAAAUUGAGCAAGAAGCAGGUGCAGAAUGUUUGCAUACCUGGGAAAUUUUAAAACGUUUCAUUAUGACGUUCUUUAUGGGUCGGGCACCAAAGAAUACGGCUAAUGUCAUGCUUUACACAUACAUACAUACAUUCGUAAACCUCGACAACAAAAGUAUAUACAAAGUAAAGAAUGCAUUUAUUUAUAGAUUAGGAUUUUGUACAUUUUAUAAAAAUUUUGUAAUGCAAUGCGUACAAAUAGUAUAAAAAAAUCUGUUUAUUAUUGGACAACAUAGACACAGUCACUGCAAGUUUUGAUUAAUAUAUUAAGACAAUAUUCCAAAAGUGUCAAU